AUGGAAAGUGGCUCAUCGCCUUCAUUCACCAAACCGGUCACGUGUAUGAUGUUGGAGUCACGUGCGUUAUGCGUUGUUUGUGGAGCACCAGCUAUCGGACGGAAUUUCGAUGCAUAUACCUGUUUAUCUUGUAAAGCAUUUUUUCGUCGAAAUGCAUACAAUGACCAUAUUCGUUUUACAUGUCGAAUAUCAGGUUCCUGUGAAAUAACAAUAUUAACGAGACGACAUUGUUCGGCUUGUCGUCUUAAUAAAUGCUUUCAACAAGGAAUGAAAAAAGAAUUAAUUCGUAGUUUAGUAGCUAUUAAUCAGGCCACACCGGGUACAAUCAUAAAUAGACAUCAUCAUGAACAACAACCAUCAAGUUUAACAACUAUGAAUAUUUCACCACCCGAUAAUCAAAGAGUUUUAUUAUUUACGGAUUGGAAUUUAUUAACAAAUAUUCGUAAUGCAUAUGAAGAUUAUUGUAUUGAACAAUUUCUUGCUUCUCAUCAAAAAAUUCCACUUUCAAUAGCAACACAACCAUAUCGUUCACGUAUUAAAUUACAACGUUUAGUUGCUAUUAAACUUAAAUAUAUUACCGUUCUUAUUUCGUUUAUAAAACGUAUUCUUCAAUGUAAUCCAUCAACAGGAAAUAAUUAUGAAUAUAUAAAAGAUAAUUUCUCAACAUUAUUAACUAUAAAUACAAGUGAAUUAAUGAAAUCAAAUGUAUUAAAGAAUGCACCAUGGGAAAAUGAUCGAUGUCUAUUUGAAACUGUUAUUACAGAAAAUCUUCUUAAACGUGCAGACGAACAUUUAAAUGUAUUCGAAACAUUUUUACCGUACGAUCCACUUAUUAUAAAAACAUUUCUAAUUAUACUUGCUUUAUCAUCACGAACAUCCCCAUUAUUUGGCAAAGAAACAUAUAAUCCGAUUGAUUUUCAUCCAUUUCCUAAAGAACUUAUUUUAGCUCAAAAUUAUUAUUUAACGGUGUUUUGGAAAUAUGCGAUAUACAGAUUAGGAUAUUAUGAAACUGUUAUAUAUUCAGUCAGAUUUAUUCAACAUUUUCUUCGUAGGCAAAAUAUUGAAGCUGAAAUUGUGGAUGUAAUACGUAAUAGAGAUGAUCAAGGUCAACUUGCUGGACUUUUUGAAACAACUUUGAAUAUAUAA